AUGACCCUGUUGAAGGCCGCUUCGAACUUCAUUUCCUAUGGAACAACGGCGAACCCAGAGCAUGCGAUGGGCGACCAAGAGGAGGAAGACCGGCUUCUGUAUCCGCACUCGGUAUACGAGCCGGACAAUGAGACCGGCGAUGGGUCUAGCAUCGGGAGUGAUGUUCAGGAUGGCGUUCGCAAGAUUGAGGCGAUCAACCUGACCUGGACGCAGCGAUCUCUCAUGAUUGCAUACCUUGGGAUAUUCCUCAUGGCGUUUUGUACCUCGCUUGAAGGUCAGACGGUGGCGUCGCUCGCGGUGUAUGCUACCAGUUCGUUUAGCAAACAUUCUUUGAUUUCGACGGUUCUGGUGGUGCAGAAUGUCGUUAAUGCUGUGAUCAAACCGCCCAUGGCAAAGAUGGCAGAUGUCUUCGGCCGGUUCGAAGCCUUCUGUCUUAGUAUCAUCAUCUAUGUGCUUGGCUAUAUUCAAAUGGCUGCCUCAAACAACGUGCAGACCUAUGCCUCUGCGCAGAUUUUCUACUCAGCCGGAUCGACAGGACUUCAAAUUCUCCAGCAGGUGUUCAUCGCCGACAGUAGCGAUCUUCUGAACCGAGCGCUCUUUGCUCUUCUACCGGAAUUCCCUUUCUUAGUCACGGUGUGGAUCGGACCGACGAUUGCGGAUUCAAUCCUUGCACAUGCGUCAUGGCGAUGGGGAUAUGGGAUGUGGGCGAUUAUCCUGCCGGCGACGUUUCUGCCGCUUGCUUUGACGCUCCUCUUUAAUCAACGUAAAGCCAAGAGGCUACGACUGAUCAAGCAGAGGCGCCGUUGCGUAUUUCUUGUUCUGUUUCCUGCGUGGGAGUCCUCGCGGAAACUGGCUCCGAAGCCGCUGCUUUCUCUGCAUCUGUUGACCGAACGAACCGCGCUGGCCGGCUGUGCCCUGGCGUUUUUCUACUUCAUGGCCUUUUAUUUCUCGGUCCAACCGUACUUGUACUCUUACUUGCAGGUGGUACAGAACUACGACGUUGCUGUCGCGGGUCGGGUUACGCAAACCUUUUCCUUCACCUCAACAAUUGCAGCAUUUAUAGUAUCGCUACUGAUUAAGUACACUCGCCGCUAUCGGAUUUAUGUCGUUGCCGAGGGGAGCUCCGUACUCCAGAUUCUGGGUACGCAGGUCCUCGUCGGCACUGGCGGUGGACUGGUCAACGUGCCGGUGCAGCUUGGAGUACAGGCAUCGGCGCAGCAUCAGGAGGUAGCAGGUGCGACAGCCAUAUUCCUGACAGCACUUGAGAUGGGCGGUGCCGUCGGAGCAGCGAUUUCAGGAGCGGUUUGGACACAUCAGAUCCCGAGGAAGCUGAGGCAAUAUCUGCCAGCUGAGAGUCAGGACCAGGCGGAGGAGAUUUUUGGUAAACUGACCACGGCUCUCUCUUAUCCAAUGGGCUCGGCCACGCGCAUAGCGAUCAACCGUGCAUACCAGGAGACGAUGAACAAUCUGCUAUGUCUGGCUAUUUUGGCGGCGCUCCCUAUUGUUCCGUUGAGCUUGACUAUGAAAGACUACCAACUGGACAAGAUGGGCCCAAGAAAAAGACGCAGGGCUUCGGAGCACAGACCAGCAAAUGGGGCAGCAGGUCGGUCGUCCCUGGAGGAGUGA